AUGAACGAGGAUCACGACGCAUACUUGCCGAUGAUACCGACGGCGAUUGCGCGGAAAUCGACGGCGCAAUUCACGAAAAACGAGGAGGCAGACAUGUGGCAGUUCGCUGUCGACAAUCAUCAACGUUUUCGGCGACGCUACGAGCUCUGGGAGCAGUUUCAGAAGAAGUGGCCGAGCGAGAAGACUGUCGGCGCACUCUACUACAAAUUCAACUUUGAAAUGGUGCCGAAUCUCGACGCCGCCGACUUGGACGUUCACACAAAAUUGCGACUGUUCGAGGAGCUCCGAAUCAAAGUUCCAGCGCAUUAUUGUAAAGUGUGAGUGUACUCAUUUAAAGGGAAACUGUCGUGAGAAAAACAUUAUUUGAAAAAUCAAUUAUGUUCCCAGUUGCCAAACAGCAAAGAUAGAACUUCAAAAUGCAUCCAUUUACGUCUGAAAAACGCAACAUAAUUGAUUCUGCACAGUUAUUUUUUUAACGACACUUCACCUGCAAAAUGCACAUUCUUCUCGUAAUUUUCACAAUUUAGACUCGAGAAUUACGCGUAUUUGACGUACGACAAGGACGGAUGCAUUGUGGAGUGCACGCUGAAAGAGGACAUGACGUCGUCGUCUCCGCCCCGCCCACUCACUCCGGAGUUUGAAGUGUCGGUGCCAGUUGCGAACGGCGUCGAAGUGCUGACUCCGUCGGGCCCGCAAGACGGGAAAAACGAGACCGCGUGGCCGGGCACCCCGUUCCCGAUGGACGCGUUCUUCGGAUCGCUCAAAGAAGUGAUACGGGACACGUUCAAAGAGACGAACACGGAAUUGGUGCGAAGUUUGGCGGCCGAGAUAGGGGCGAGUGGAAAAACGACGAGGAGCUCUUCCGACGGCGAGGAUGCGAACACCUACGCCUUCCUGACAGCCAUGAAAACCCUGGUGUCCGCGCAGAAUUCGAUAGAAAUGGAAAUUCGGAUGGAAAAUGCGAUGAAGAAGUUUCACGAAAACGUAACGUAAAAGCAUAGAAUUAGCUGAAUCGAACUCAUUUUUUCAGAGAAUCUCGCACGAGGAAUUGCAACUCGCGCUCUACGUCACUUUAAAAAUGUUUGGGUGCUGAAAUUUGUGUUGAUUUUUGUUGUUGUUACUCGAUUUUCAUUGUAUUCGCACGGUCUCCCAGGGGGCGCUAAUGCUAAACACAGUGCGCUCGUAAAUUGCGGAGUGUCGUUGUAACUUUUGAAAAUUUGCUGGUCUAAAAAUGCAGUUCAAUUCGAGUUUACGAUCUUUAUUUCUCUCUUAUUGACUUGAAAAACGUCUAGAAAACAAUAUUUUACAAUAUGCGAGUAAUAAACCGGUUUUUCAUGAUAAUUUAAAAAUGAUGCCAUGAAAACAUGUUUGAAUUCAGGAUUUAUAUUUAUUUCUGGUUUCCGAUUUUCGCAAAAAACGUUUCUUGCCAAAUUACCUUUUCUAAACAUGUCCCUUUUUCCAGAAUUCCGUUUCUCCAACAUCUCCCAGUUAUGCGAACAGUGAGGGUGCGCGGGUUGAAGCGCGAAGAGCGAGAAAUGAUGAAAAAGAUCGAGGGCUACUGCGAUGACCCCGAAAAGGACCCGUUCCUUCGCGAUCUCUUCUCGAAUAUGGUGGCGAUCAGCAAAUCGACGGGCCGAUUUCCGGUCAUUCGACUUUUCAACAAGAAUCGGCUCGAGAAAAUCGACGAGGAGACGCAGGACAAAAAGCAGCUGAGAAUGGACGAGGAGGUCAACAAAUGGCUCAUGGAAGAGGCGAUGAAAGCGAUCGAAAGCGCCAAGAUGUGCGUUGCGAAAGAGCUGGAGAAGGUGGCGGAGCCCAAAGAGCAAAAAGAAGCGAAACCGCUCGUCGAUGACCCGUUGAAUCCGUGGGCGAAAGUGUUCGAGAACGAUCUGUUCACCGAAGCCUACUGCCUUCCGCUUUUGUGCGCCGGCCGCCAAGUCCGCUAA